CGCGAGUUUACUGUGUAGUGCUCCGGUCCGCGCGUGACAUCACACCAUGGCAUCGCCGGAACGUGCCGCAGCGUCCGAAGACAGCGUGUGUGUUGCAGAUCUGCGGAUUGUGCUCUUGGGCCGGACCGGUUCUGGGAAAAGCUCCACAGGAAACAGCCUCUUGGGGAGUCGUGUGUUUCAGACUGAUGUCUCUCCUGUGUCUAUCACUCAGCAUUGUGUACAGGCCCGUGGUAAGGUUGAUGGGUGGAGCCUGCAGGUGAUUGACACUCCAGGUUUUUUCCACACCUGCUUGUCUUCGGAGGAGGUGUGUGCAGAGGUGGCACGUGGCAUGGUGGAUCUCGCCGCUCCUGGACCUCACGCGCUCCUGUUGGUCGUGAAAGCGGGAAGGUUAACGCCAGAGGAGCUCAUGAGUCUUGAGUGGAUUGGGACAGCACUGGGUUCAGCAGCACUCAGACACACCGUCCUGGUCCUCACACACGCUGACCAGCUGCAGGACAAAGCAGUUGAGAACUUUCUACAGGAGAGCAAGGAACUGUGCGAGUUCAUGCGGUCAUGUGAUGGCAGGAUUCACACGCUGGACAACACAAUCGACAACGAUCAGGCACAGGCCAGCAUGCUUGUAAAGAAGAUCCAGAAGAUGGUGAAGAAGAAUGAUGGGAACUGGUAUGUCUGUGAGCAAAGAAUCGUAGAAGAAAAGGAGCAGGUGCAGGAGAAAGAGAGAGAGGAUGAGAAAGAGAGGAGAAUGAAAGCCGAGCGGGAGUUCUGGUGCGAGUUGGUGACCGCCAUGGGGAAGGGGGCGCUGGAGAGCUCUGGGGUUCAAGAAAAAGGCAAAGGCAAAGUAAAAAAAUGCAAAGUGGUGCAGAGGGCGGCGGCGGCUUUGGUGUCCACGCCCCUUUCUGUGACAUCAGCUGCCAAAAUGGUGGGUGGGGCUGUGAGGGAGGGAACUAAAGUGCUGUACAAACACCGGAAAACCCUGCUGCAGUGAACACACACCAUCACCAUCACCAUCACCACACACACAUACACCAUCACCACACACCGCCACACACACACCAUCACCACACACACACACCAUGACCACACACCAUCACCACACACACACCAUCAC